GACGAGUGAUCGCCUUCGCCUCCAACAUUGCUUGCGAAGGAAUUGAUUCUCCACAGAAGCCACGUUUUUAAGUUCCACUUUCACUUUCUCUCCCUUUCCUUCUCUCUCUCUCUCUAUUAAACAUCCAUACCUCACACCUAUUCUGCACAUCCAUCAAAUCUCCUCUCUCUCUCUACUUUCCACACCAAUGGCGGCCAAUAUUCCCAGCAUUACGCGUCUGGCGAUCAUAAUUGUAGCUGUGACGGCGGCGGUGGCGGCGGCGGAGUCAUCGAAGGAGAUAAUCGUGAAAACGGUGAAGGGGCAGAAGGUGUGCGAUCAAGGGUGGGAGUGUAAAGGGCUGUCGAAAUACUGCUGCAAUCAGACCAUCUCCGAUUUCUUCCAGACUUAUCAGUUCGAGGAUCUCUUCGCCAAGAGGAACACUCCGGUGGCCCACGCCGUCGGCUUCUGGGACUACAAGUCCUUCAUCACCUCCGCCGCCGUUUACCAGCCGCACGGCUUCGGCACCACCGGCGGCCACGACACGCAGAUGAAGGAAGUCGCUGCUUUCCUCGGCCACGUCGGCGCCAAGACUUCUUGUGGGUAUGGAGUGGCCACCGGCGGGCCGGAGGCGUGGGGGCUGUGCUACAACAAGGAGAUGAGUCCCGACAAAGACUACUGCGACGACUACUUCAAAUACGACUACCCCUGCUCCCCCGGUGCUCAAUACUACGGCCGUGGCGCCAUACCUCUCUACUGGAACUACAACUAUGGCGCAGCUGCUGAAGCCCUCAAGCAAGACUUGCUCAACCAUCCUGAAUACAUUGAGCAGAACGCGACCCUGGCCUUCCAAGCCGCCAUCUGGAGGUGGAUGACCCCUCCCAAGAAGGGCCUGCCCUCGGCUCAUGAUGCCUUUGUGGGCACGUGGAAGCCCACCAAGAACGACACCAUGGCCAAGCGCGUCCCCGGCUUUGGAACCACCAUGAAUGUUCUCUAUGGGGAUAGUGUUUGCGGGCAGGGUGAUGUUGAUCAGAUGAACACCAUCAUAUCUCACUACCAGCACUAUCUUGACCUAAUGGGCGUUGGCCGGGAGAAGGCCGGGCCUCACGAGCUGCUCACGUGUGCUGAGCAGGAACCCUUCACGGCAGCCUCUAAAUCGUCGUCUUCUUGAGUGUAUACUUGAUGGAAUGGAAUAAGAGGGGCGGGAUUUUUGGCCCUAGCUAUGAUUGUGUGAUUGUGCAGAUUUUGUCUAAGUUGAGUUGUUUUAUAAAUAGUUAGCAUUGUAUAUGGAGGUACAAAGUUGGUGAAUUGUAAUGUACACUCAAAGAUGAUUCAUGUUAAGCAACAUUCUUCUCUUUGCUACGAGCAAGAAAUUAUAUAUACAACCACCUUUGAUGAUGAAUUAUAAA